AUGGAGAAGCUUGCCCAACCUGGCUUCCAGACACUUUGCUACUGGGUUGCCUCAAAACCAAAGCGGCAGCUGAAUUUCAUCAGGCUCUGGGAGAUCACAGAAGAGGAAGGAGACACGGACCAGUCUCUAGAACUCCUCAAAAACCUCCUCGAAAUGAUCUUUGCUCUCGCCUUCCAAUCGCUCCCACAACCAACACUCGAACAUUUUCUUGGCACCCAAGAAUUCUCACUCCGAGGACUCAAUGUUGUCUCUCCACUCCUCCGAAACAUCUCCAUAUCCCCCAACGAAAGGGCGGAAUGCCGCCAAUGGCUUGCACUUUCACCUAGUCUCGAGACCAAAGAGUUCAUGAAGGCCAGGACAGAUGAAUUACAAAAAAGCCAGAAUCUAUCGCUACACCCAUCAUCUCCGAGACGAAACUACGUGGAUAUCCAGAGGGAGUUUUCUGAACGAAUUGCACCUCAUUUUUGUCCUUGUAAGGAUCAAGGAGGAAUAGCUGAAAACCCACGGUAUCCCGUUGAUAACGAGAAAAUAGCACUUUACCUAGCACAGCGAGAUGUCCAGGAGAAUAUACGGGCAUUCCCGUUUGGUUUAACCAAGGGUCGGAUUGGAUUUGUCUUAGAUUUUGAUAUCCCUCCCCUUAAAUGGGAUGGAGAAGUCAAAGCCAGCCCAGGUACGGGUUCCGCCCCAAUGAUUUCCAAACCAGCAAAGGAAAGGGCAAAUACCUUACUUGCUAUUGGUGUGGAAUGCUCACGUAUGGGCCGAGAACGCUACCUUGUUGGUGCGAAGUUCUACAGGCGACACUAUGCCAACAGUGCUCGAUGA